UCGCGAUCACUCUCACCAAUGGGUUGCGGCGUGGAUAAAUUCGCAAGAUGAGUGGAAUCCCAUCUCCUCAUGCCGAAUACAAUGCAUUGGCGACCUCACUGAAAGUGGGUGCCCUGAGUGGCUCUGCUGGCCUUGUCUACGGCGGCAUUUCAGGUGUGAUCCGAUCGCCGCAUCCUGUCAUACAUUCCAUCUCCCAUGGUAUCCACUGGUUUGCGUGUGGAACCUCGUUUUGGUGGUUGAGGGGCAAUAUCCUGAAUGCUUACUAUGAGGAUAAGGCGACCCCGAAGCAGCGCACCUAUGCCAGCGCUGUUUCUGGUGGGAUUUCUGGUGGUGUUGUGACCAGGUUGAUGGGUGGCCGGCUUGUCCCCGGACUGGUUAUUUUCUCUUUACUGGGGUAUGCUGGACAGGCCUCGUACAAUGCUAUUGAUAGAUGGCAACUGGGGCAUGCGAACACGGAGUCCAAGCCGUUCCUUGACCGCUUGGCUGAGUCGAAAUGGGUUCCGCUCAAGUCGCUCUCUGAUGACGAGUACAGGGGGAUUCUGGGCGAGAAGUUGCUGAGCAUUGAGGCGGAGAUUGCUCUGAUUGACGACAAGAUUGAGGAGCUUGAGAAGGCGAAGCUGGAUGGCAUGACUGUAUCGACUGUGCAGGAAUCGCGGUGAUUUGUUGUUUCAUAGCAUUUUUAGAUUAAUCCCACAUCCUGGUACUUCUGUUGUCCGUAGUAUGGUGUAGUAUACGAGAACUGCCUGUAAACCGGUUCGCAGCCACGGCAGCUGCCGGGCGGUUCAACGCCGAUCUCUUCGGAUCAUCUGUUUGUUUUUUCUGGCUUCCCCAACGCAACUACAGAAAAAAAAAACCCCCCAGUACCUAGACUAGCUGCUAUAGAUAGCCUGAUAAUUACUGUCAAGUGC